AUGGAAAAGGAGAAGGAUACUAAGCCUGAUGCUGGGCUAAGAAGCCUCGAUCACUACAAGGUAAUGCUCCCUCGUUGGAGGUAUCUACUUCGAGAACGACUCCUACCCAUCGUGCGGUGGGAGACACCUUAUGUCGCGUGGCUGCAGAACACUCUGCGAACCCCAGCACUCGAUACCUAUUUUGCCAUGUCUGCCAACUUAGGUACCCACACCUUCUUUACCAUUAUGCUACCUAUAUGGUUUUGGUGCGGUUAUACCGAUCUUGGGAGAGGCAUGGUCCGCAUCCUCGCCAUGGGCGUUUUCUUUAGCGGCUUCAUCAAAGACUUGCUCUGUCUCCCCAGACCACUGUCCCCACCUUUGCAAAGAAUCACCAUGUCAGGCUCCGCCGCCCUCGAAUAUGGGUUUCCGUCCACCCACUCCACCAAUGCAGUGUCCGUAGCAGUUUAUGCCAUCUUCUUACUCAAGCAGAGUGGUGAUCAGCUCACCCCCACAACGAGUCUGGCAUUGCAGAUAGUCGCCUACUUUUAUGCCUUUUCCAUCGUUCUUGGACGGCUUUACUGCGGCAUGCAUGGCUUUUUUGAUGUUGUAAUUGGCAGCAUUUUGGGCAUCGGAAUAGGUCUUUUAGAAUGUUUCCUCGGCCCCGUUUUCGAUGUAUGGUUCAUGGACGGGGAUCUCAAAAGGGUUCUCUUCUUUGAAUCAAUCAUAUUGGUACUGGUUCGUAUCCAUCCUGAGCCAGCUGAUAAUUGCCCAUGUUUCGAUGACAGUGUGGCAUUCGCCGCAGUUGUCAUGGGGGUGGAAUUUGGAGUAUGGCAUUUUGCCAAAACUCCAUAUUCCUGGACGGAACCUUCUCCAGGCACGGUUCCGUUUGACCUAGGCAAGAUAGGUUGGCCUGUCACCAUUGCACGAGUUUUCCUGGGGGUGUUUGUGGUUUUCACGUGGAGAGGUGUCAUGAAGCCGCUCUUACUGAAGAUCCUUCCACCCAUUUUCCGGGUAGUUGAACAGCUUGGCCUCUCCCUACCUCGGAGGUUCUUCAAGCCUGCGUCACAGUAUCAAACGGUGCCGAAGCAGGAGCACGGUGACAACCUGAUACCAAACGCUCGCGAUAUUCCUCAUCUUCUCAGUUCUCUACGACGAAGACGAGCCAUCUCAAUUGGACCACAAUCAGAAGCGGAUGCCUAUGAGACCUUGGCCUAUCGUGACAAAAGGAGGCGGGACAGUCUCACAGCCAAUAAUUCACCGAGCCCCGCCAAAGCGUCUUCUCCUGAACGAGGCUUUUAUAGCUCGGAGGAUGUAGCCUCCGAGACAGGGAACCGGAAAAGAUCGAGUUCCCUCGAGAUGUUUCGCGCCCAGAUGGGCACGGGGCCAGAGGGGCUACCUUCUCAGCCACUCGAGUCACCAGGUGGAGACGGCGCGGGGCAAGAAGUUGAUGAGCUCCAUGAAAGACAGUUAUUUUCGAGCAUACAGCGGCCUCGAGUGAGAUAUGAUGUUGAGGUCAUCACCAAAUUGAUUGUUUAUUUGGGCAUUGCAUGGUGGUCGGUUGAGGGCAACCCUAUCCUCUUUCAACACAUUGGUCUUGGGGUUGGUUGA